CUAGAGUUGGGGUCCUGUCUGCAAAAAGCUAGUUGAAAGUCAACCAUUUUACCAAAAACAAUCGUAUGUUUUCUAUUUCACUUUGUGAAGAAUGCCUGCUGAGCGCAAAAAGUCAAUGAACAUGGACGAGAAAGAGUCAGCCUCCUUCAGUAACAAGGAGAGAGAGAAGGAGAGAGAUGGGGAUAGGCGAGCCACCUUCUCCAGAGAGAAAGGUAGAGAUGAGAGCAAGAUGAGCGCCAAGAAAGAAAGCGGAAAAUCUGCAGAUGAAAAAAAACGAAGAGCGGAGGAGGAGAAAAAGAGAAAAGAAGAAAAAGAGCGCAAGAAGAAGGAAGAAGAGAAACAGAAGGCCGAAGAGGAGCAAAAGAGGAAAGAAGAAGAGGAGCGAAAGCUGCAGGAGGAACAAGAAAAGAAGCUGCUGGAGGAGGAAGCUAAGCGACAAAAGGAAGAGGAGGCAGCACAGCUCAAAGAGAAGGAAGAAGCUCAACAGCUGCACCAGGAGUCCUGGGAGAGACACCAAAGCAGAAAGGAGCUGCGUGGAAAGAACCAGCACGCUCAGGAGGGCCGUCCUGAGGAAGCCUUUUUUAGCCGCCUGGAUUCCAGCCUCAAGAAGAACACAGCCUUCGUCAAAAAGCUCCGUACGCUCACGGAGCAGCAGCGCAGCUCGCUCACUCACGACUUCGACACACUCAACCUCAGUAAAUACAUCGGCGAGGCGGUCAGCUCGCUGGUCGAGGCCAAGCUAAAGAUCUCUGAUGUGGGCUGUGCCGUACACCUGUGUUCUCUGUUCCACCAGCGCUAUGCAGAUUUUGCUCCACUCUUGCUGGCUGCCUGGAAGAGGCACUUUGAAGCACGCAAGGAGGAGAAAGCUCCAAACGUAAGCAAACUGCGCACAGACCUGCGCUUUAUUGCUGAACUCACCAUUGUGGGGCUUUUCACUGAUAAGGAGGGGCUUUCGCUCAUCUACGAGCAGCUGAAAAACAUCAUUGGCACAGAUCGAGAAACCCAUACCCAUGUUUCGGUGGUGAUCAGCUUCUGUAAGCACUGUGGAGACGACAUUGCUGGCCUGGUACCUCGCCGCGUGAAGAGCGCAGCUGACAAGUUCAAUCUAAACUUUCCUCCCUGUGAGAUAAUCAACAUAGAGAAGCAGCAGCCUUUCCAGAACUUGCUCAGAGAGUAUUUUACCUCUCUCACCAAGCACCUGAAGAAAGAUCAUAGAGAGCUGCAGAACAUUGAAAGACAAAACAGGCGUAUCUUGCACUCUAAAGGAGAGCUGAGUGAAGAUAGACAUAAACAGUAUGAGGAGUUUGCAACAUGCUACCAAAAACUGCUGGCUAGCACACAGUCUCUGGCUGAUCUGCUGGAUGAGAACAUGCCUGAGCUGCCCCAGGAUAAGACUGUGCAGGAAGAGCAUGGUCCAGGCAUUGAUAUCUUCACCCCUGGAAAGUCUGGAGACUAUGAACUUGAUGGUGGGAUCUGGGAGGAUGAAGAUGCACGGAAUUUUUACGAAAACAUGGUGGACCUGAAGGCCUUCAUACCUGCCAUUCUGUUUAAGGACAAUGAAAAGACUGGUCUUAACAAAGACAAGGACGAUAGUAAAGAAGCUAAAGAAGGAAAAGAAGCCAGCAGCACAGAAGAAUUAGAGCUAGAACUCGAGACUCUGGACAUCAACGAUGACCCUCUGGAACUGGAGGCUGUUGAUGAGGCUGAGAGUGAAGAACUGGCCAAGAAGCUUCUUGAUGAGCAAGAACAAGAAGACGAGGAGGCCAGCACCGGCUCUCAUCUUAAACUUAUUGUUGACGCGUUCAUCCAGCAGCUUCCCAACUGUGUCAACAGAGACCUGAUUGACAAGGCUGCCAUGGACUUUUGUAUGAACAUGAAUACCAAGUCCAACCGCAGAAAGCUUGUCCGUGCGCUCUUCACUGUUCCCAGGCAAAGGUUGGAUCUGUUGCCGUUCUACUCGCGGCUGGUGGCCACUCUUCACCCCUGCAUGUCUGAUGUUGCUGAAGAUCUCUGCUCCAUGCUUAAAGGAGACUUUAGAUUCCAUGUGAGAAAGAAGGACCAAAUCAACAUCGAGACCAAGAAUAAAACUGUGAGGUUCAUUGGCGAGUUGGCCAAGUUCAAAAUGUUUUUAAAAACGGACACUCUGCAUUGCCUUAAGAUGCUGCUGUCUGAUUUCUCCCAUCACCAUAUCGAAAUGGCUUGCACUUUACUGGAGACAUGCGGACGGUUCCUUUUUAGGUCACCUGACUCUCACCUGCGUACCAGUGUGCUACUGGAGCAAAUGAUGCGGAAGAAGCAGGCACAGCAUCUGGAUGCUCGUUAUGUGACUAUGGUAGAGAAUGCGUACUACUACUGCAACCCUCCACCCAUGGAGAAAACUGUACGCAAGAAGAGACCACCACUACAGGAGUAUAUACGCAAACUUCUCUACAAAGAUCUGUCAAAAGUUACCACUGAAAAGUUUUGUGGGGUUUUUCAGGUACUGAGGCAAAUGCGGAAGUUGCCCUGGCAGGAAGCAGAUUUGAAGAGUUAUCUGAUCUGCUGCAUGGUGAACAUCUGGAAUGUAAAGUACAACAGUAUCCAUUGUGUGGCUAACUUGCUGGCUGGUCUGGUUGCAUACCAGGAGGAUGUGGGCAUACAUGUAGUGGAUGGAGUACUGGAAGACAUCCGCCUUGGCAUGGAGGUAAACCAGCCAAAAUUUAACCAGCGGCGCAUUAGCAGUGCCAAGUUCCUGGGUGAGCUGUACAACUACCGCAUGGUGGAGUCUGCUGUAAUCUUCCGCACUCUUUUCUCCUUCAUCUCAUUUGGUGUGAAUCCAGAUGGAUCACCCAGCCCUCUGGAUCCUCCAGAGCACCUAUUUCGCAUCCGCUUGGUCUGCACGCUGCUCGACACUUGUGGUCAGUACUUUGACCGAGGCUCCAGCAAAAGGAAGCUUGACUGCUUCCUCAUCUAUUUUCAGAGGUAUAUCUGGUGGAAGAAGAGUAUAGAGGUGUGGACCAAAGAACACCCCUUUCCCAUUGAUAUUGACUACAUGAUUAGUGACAUGCUGGAUUUACUCAGGCCCAAAAUGCAGCUGUGCAGCUCGCUGGAGGAGGCCAGUCGCCAAGUCACUGAGCUAGAGAGAGAGGUCCUUAACAAGCUAGGCUUUGCCAAAGAGAAGGAUGGGAGUUGCUCCAGCACAGGGGGAGAUGGUGAGGCUCUCGAUGAAGAGGAUGAAGAUGACGAAGAUGAAGGUGGAGCAGAGACAGAAGAGCAGUCUGGAAAUGAGAGCGAAAUGAAUGAACCAGAAGAGGAGGAAGGCUCAGAGAAUGAGGAAGAGGAGCAUGAGGAGGAGGAAGAGAAUACAGACUACCUGACCGAUUCCAAUAAAGAAAAUGAGACGGAUGAGGAGAACAAUGAGGUGAUGAUUCGAGGUGGAGGUCUGAAACAUGUCGCCUGUGCUGAGGACGACGACUUUAUUCAGGCUCUGGACAAAAUGAUGCUGGAGAACCUGCAGCAGCGCAGCGGAGAGGCGGUGAAAGUGCACCAGCUCGACGUCGCGAUCCCACUGCAGCUAAAGAGUCAGCUAAAGAAAGGCCCAACCCCCUCGUGCACGGCAGAUGCAGAAGCCGACAUAGACACCAUGCAGUUCGUCAUGCUGACCAGAAAAGGCAACAAACAGCAGUUUAAGAUCCUCAACGUGCCACUGUCAUCUCAUCUGGCUGCCAAUCACUUCAAUCAGCAGCAGGCUGAACAAGAGGAGCGCAUGCGGAUGAAGAAACUAACUCUAGACAUCAAUGAACGACAGGAGCAAGAGGAUUACCAGGAGAUGAUGCAGUCGCUGGCUCAGAGACCCGCUCCGGCUAACACAAACCGAGAGCGCAGACCACGAUACCAGCACCCUAAAGGAGCUCCAAAUGCAGACCUGAUAUUCAAGACUGGGGGGAGGAGACGCUGAGCGAGUGGGCGAUCACGAGAAGGAGAGAGAGAAUAAAAGUGAGAGCACGGUGCACUCACCCUCACUGACAGGGUAACGCACCCGCUAGCGACCUACAGACUCCAACUACACCAACCUGAGAGGAGAGCAAGACAACGCAGAUGAGUCCCAUCAGCUGUGGAGUUCCAUGACCAGUACAGUUCAAACAAGAGGAUAAAGGAUACACAUACAGACAGACAGACAGACAGACAGACAGACAGACAGAAAUACAGACCCUGUGAUGGACAGACGGGCUUCAGGGCACAUAUUAAAAAGGUAAUCGAUUGCAGGGGGAUAGUUUGUGAUGUUAGGCAGUUUGAUUGGUUCAGCAGACACAUCACUACUUCGAGGAGAAAGCGUUAACCAACUUCAUAUGGUUUGGAACUCAUGCUUUACAGGCAAAAUGCGAGUGGAAGGAAACAUGGUCGGAUUGUAAACGUCAUGUUCACAAAAGAAUCUUGAGAGCUGAAGUGUAGGAGUGCUGUAGGACUGCUUUGCUCGGCAGGAGCAGAAGAGGAGUUAAAUGCUUGGUAACAUUGUUUCGAUUUGUUUUUUGGGUUGUAGAUUUUUUUGCACUUCAGAUUACUAUGAUACUUUUCUUUGCUCUGUAUCAGUUUGAACGAUUGAAUGCAUCUCAUGUUUGGCUGGUUUCAAACUUCUGGCAAAUGUGUUUCCUUUAAGAUUUUCUCUCUGUUUAGCAGCUUAUACAAAUAUAUAAAUGUGUUCUUUGAAACAGCAUAGACCUCACUGUAUGUUCUCUGUCAGUGAAUAUUAAUACUAUUGCAGUAAAGUGAUUUAAU